CCUUAAAGGGCCCGAAGUCGCCGCCGCAUCCCCGCAGCCCUGCCGCUGCCGCCAGCUAGUUCCUCCGCUCCUCCCUUUUCUCUCUCCCCGGUUGCGGGGGUGGGGAGAGGAGAGGAGUGCGGUGCGUCCAGGGCUUAACACGGAGGAGAAACUGAGGCACGGGAAAGCGGCGAGUGGCCGGGUGCUUCCCCGUGCGUCCCCUGGGUGCCCGGUGUCUGUUGGGAGGCCGUGCCUGGAGCCCGGAGUCCCGGCCGCCCAGCCCGGGCCCGGGCCCCGCGGAGGAGAGGCGGAGAUGGCUGGGCCCGUGGCCCGCGGGGGCUGAAGGAUGACCUGCACUGGCGUGGGGCUCGGCAAACUCUGCUUCGUGCUGUCGGUGGCUUUGGGAGCCUUUCUGCUGCUGCUGCUGCCCCUCCCCCGCCUCCAGGCUCCCUGGGGGGUCUGGGCCCAGCCGCCACCCCCACCCCGGCCGCCCCCCACCUGCGAGCAAUCGCCCGGCGCCCCGCGGCCCCGGGAGGGGGGCGUGGCCCAGCCUCUGCAGGACGUGCUCCAGCAGCUCCUGGGGGCUUCCGCCUCGCACCCCCGGACGCCCGAGAGGCUGGAGCCCAGGGACAUUUUCAUCGCCGUGAAGACCACCAAGAAGUAUCACAAGUCUCGCCUGGAGCUCCUCUUCCGCACCUGGAUCUCCCGGGCCCAGCAGCAGACUUUCAUCUUCACGGAUGGUGAAGACCCAGAGUUACGUCUUCGAGCAGGAGAUCAUGUCAUCAAUACCAAUUGUUCUGCCAUGCACACGCGCCAGGCACUCUGCUGCAAGAUGUCUGUGGAAUAUGACAAGUUCAUCGAGUCAGGAAGGAAAUGGUUCUGCCAUGUGGAUGAUGACAACUAUGUGAACUCCAAAGGGCUUCUACAGCUGCUCUCUGGUUUCUCCCCAAGUCAAGAUGUCUAUGUGGGGCGACCUAGUCUGGACCACCCGAUAGAGGCGGCUGACAGAGCCCAGGGAAGUGGAACUGCGUCUACAGUCAAGUUCUGGUUUGCCACUGGAGGAGCUGGGUUCUGCAUCAGCAGAGGUCUUGCCCUCAAGAUGAGUCCUUGGGCCAGCCUGGGCAACUUCAUCAGUACUGCCGAGAAAGUCAGACUCCCUGACGACUGCACCAUUGGCUAUAUCAUUGAAGGGUUGCUGCAGGUGAGACUGCUGCAUAGCACCCUCUUCCAUUCCCACCUGGAGAACUUGCAGAGGCUGCCAACGGACACCCUGCUCAGACAGAAGAGGGUGGUGAAGAAAGCAAGGAAUGUGAUUCAAAACCAGUGAUCUGUAAUUAUGAGGAGUCUGCUUCCAUUGUUCUCCUCUCUCCCCCAACUAGCCCUCUCACCAUU